AAAGUACACAGCUUGACCAGAGAAAUAUGAACGUUUCCAUGUACGCAUACGCGGUGUAAUACGCGAGUGCUGCGCUUUGCGGAGAACCAGCCUAGAUGCGUCCGCGUUGGGAGCGUCGCGUCGGCGCGCUGCUGGAGAGAGACUCCUGCCAGCUGACGCUGGACCCCAACACAGCAAACAGCCGCCUGUCUCUGUCAGGGGGGAACAGGAAGGUGACAGGGGGGGCAGAGCAGCCAUAUCCUGAUCAUCCAGAGAGAUUUGACAGCUGGAGCCAAGUUCUGUGCAGAGAGAGUCUGACUGGUCGCUGUUACUGGGAGGCUGAGUGGGAUGGAGAUGCUGCCUGCAUAGGAGUGACUUAUAAAGGGAUCGAGAGGAAAGGAGGGAGUGACUCCUGUGCAGCCAAGCUGCCACCAGGACUGGAGGGCUCUGUACCAGGGACCUUGGGAGGCAGCAAGAUAAGAGAUGAGCUAACGAAAAACAUCUGGUGA